CCGACGUGAGACGACAGCGCGCCGAGAAGGAGAAAGAGUCAGAUAGGCAAUAUGAGGGCGCUACUUUGUGCAGCUCUUGUUUUCCUAUGGGCUCAGUGCAUUCAUGGCUUUGCAUUUUCUCCAGGCUCGUACAGGGAAGCGCGACAAAACUAUUACGAGGUAAUAAAUAACUGUGAGAAAGAAGGGGGUGAAUGUCUAGACGUCGAUUUCGGAACUACUGAUCCUCCUACACCAGACCCAACGCCGGCACCAAGGCCUACGACCACACGUGCACCACCGCCUCCCGCACCCGUGACACAACAAUUCUUCUGGUACCCAUUCUGGCCUUUCAUACCUACACCACAAGCUCCAUUUCCAUCUACUAGAGCACCUCGACCGACAACCCGUGCACCACGACCAACCACCCGUGCACCACGACCAACCACCCGCGCACCUCGGCCUACAACACAAGCUCCGGUAGCGGUACCUCCAAAACCAGUUAAAGCACCCGUUAAAGCGGCAAGAAAGAUCAAGAAGGGUGGUAAAGGUAAAAGACGACAGAGAAAUCAAGGAGAAGUCGAGAGAGAGGUCAGAAAGCGUCGACAAGCAUUCAAUCCUGAUCCCUGGGAUUACCUCUACAAUGAAUGUACCGGAGGUUGGGAGUUCGACCUAGGUUGUGGAGCUAGAGGUGGCAACGUCUGCUGCUAUUCCUCCAGUUCGGGCAAUCCCUACAAAUAAAGCAGAAACAAGUACAGCGCCUGGAAAUUAAGAGACUUCCAGCGACACAGCAUUAAUUAAAUUAUCAGCGUCACCGUCCACUAACGUGAUCAAAAUUUCAUCCUGACGCCACCAGAAAUACCAUGUGUUCCGUAGUCCGUGUUCUUAAAUUUGUAAAUAAAAUAUCUACCCAAGA